AUGCGGGGAGGAAGUCCACAGGCAAGAGCCGCACAACAAAGCCAAAAUCUGCCACCAUUUGGACCACCUGCACCCUACACCACGUCCAGAGCCUUUACUCGUGCAACAUCAGAUUCGGAGGAAAAUUUCCAGCAAGAAAACCCGUCGGGUAGCAGGGAAUCAGUCCCUCUCCAGUUGAAAGUGGAUGAAAACGGGCAUGCAUAUCUCAGCACAUCAAGACGUAGAUUGGAUGACACUGGAAAUCCGAAGUUGCUGCAAGGACCAACUAAGAGCGUCAUGAGUGAUGACCAACAGAUCUCUUCUAAGCGAUUUGGAGACAUGGGUCCACCACCACGUCAGUCUAGGCCCGUACUCGGUCGGUCAUCAUCUCUCAAUAGACCAGAUUCAGCCUCGUCACAGUUCAGACGAUUCAGCUUUGAUAGUGACGGGGACCUUCCUCCUCCAUUCAAGUUUAUGCGUCACAGGCGGCAAACCACUGGUCAAACCCAGGAUCAACCCCUGAUACAAACUGAAUCACAAGGAAGAGCGUCCGGAUCACCUUCGGGGCACUACAAGGGUAUGUUGAAGUGGAGUUCUUAG